AGAGUGAAGGCGCUGUUCGCCGCGCUGCUCACCGCGCGGUCGGUGAAGAACGACUCGCGCGCGGUGGAGGUGACGAAGGGCGUGUACAUCGGGAGCGUGGGCGCGGCGAAAAACGUCGAGGCGCUGCGCGAGCUCGGCGUCACGCACGUGUUGACCGCGUGCGGUGGAAUGCCGCGCGAGGGGUUCUAUCCCGAUGAUUUCGAGUACGCCACGUGCGCGGUGGACGAUAAGCCCGACGCCGCGAUCGAUGAACACUUUGACCGAUGCUUCGACUUCAUUCGCGACGCGCUCGCGCGAGACGGAAAGGUGUUGGUGCACUGCUUUCAGGGUAAGAGUCGAAGCGCGACGAUUUGCGCCAUGUACAUGAUGCGCGCGCUCGGCAUGGAUUUAGACGAGGCGAUGACCGCCAUUCGUGAGGUGCGGCCGUGCGCGCAGCCGAACUCCGGGUUCAUUCGAGCGUUGCGAGCGCUCGAGCGCUCGCUC